AUGGCGACACAAGUCUCAAAACAAGAUAUCAAUGCAGCAUUCGGAGCCGAAGUUGAAGGAAACGUGGCCACUUUUGGCCACAUUCCCGGUAUGAUGGCCACAAAAACCCUUUCAAUCCGUGACGCUUGGAUCGUGGAUAGUGGGUGUGCUCAGCACGUCUGUAACAAUGCCUCGAGAUUCGUGAAGAUGGACAAGUAUGAUGGCCCACCGUUGAGAAGCGUCGAUACCUCAACGGCCCCUUCCGGUAUAGGAAUUGCAAAUGUCCUGUGCAAUGUACGAGGAAGAAAGAAAUGGCUUGUAUUAGAUGAUGUUCUGUUCGUCCCAACUGCGCAUGCGAAUCUCAUAUCUGUGCUGCAACUUCUCAAUCGAGGAGCAAAGAUCGAUUUCUCAAGCAAUGGCGCCAUUAUUCGAAAUAAAUCAGAUGGGAAAAAUCUGUUCACCGCGAGCCAAUAUCAUGGAGUCUACGCACUCGACUUAUGGGCCAAGCCUGCUUUUCCAGCCUACCAUGUCAGCCCGCAAUCGGCACUCUGGCACAAUAGGCUCGCUCACAUGAGCGGUGCGAAUAUACAACGACUCAAAAAGCAAGCUCACGGCAUUCGGAAUGAUACGCCACGCCAACCUUGCAACCCAUGCCUCCAGGGAAGAAUGAUUGAAACCCCACAUCGCCGUUCAGAAGCAGGCAAAAGAGCCAAAUACGCCAUGGAGCUCCUGCAUAUCGAUGUUGCAGGACCGUUUGAGGAGGGCCUUGAUGGCAGCCGCUACUGGCUGACGAUUGUUGAUGACUGUACUGGAUGGGUUGAGAUCGUUCCCAUACCACGACGGCAAGAAUACGUCGUUGAGUCCUUGCGGUACUUCCUCGACCACAACGAGCGCCCUGAGCGCAAAUGCAGGCGGAUUCGUCUUGACCGGAUCCCGGAACAAGUGGGAGAAGAAAUGAAAUUUACCCUCUUCUCAAGGGCAAUCCAAGCCGAAGUCACGGGCACCAGAGAAGACGUGGGAGCCAAACAGCAGAGCUUUCCUGUGGCAACGGCUGCUGCCGCAGGGGGAGUGAGACGGUGGGACUAA